UAGAGUGAGUUGGCUGAGCGUGCACUCGUGCUAUCAACACCAAAAACUUGGCAGACAUCCUCCUUCCACCUGAGAGCUUCCGAGAAGUUUUGCAUCUUAGCUAAAAUUCUGAAGUUCUUCCUUCAAAACAAUGCCGCGGCCAACGAGGGAGAGCUAUGGUGACCAGAAGCCACCUUAUUCAUACAUUUCACUCACUGCAAUGGCCAUCUGGAACAGUCCUGAAAAGAUGUGCACACUCGCUGAUAUUUACAAGUUCAUAACAGAUGGGUUUCCAUACUACCGCAAGAACACCCAGCGCUGGCAGAACUCGCUGCGACACAACUUAUCCUUCAACGAUUGUUUUAUUAAAAUUCCUCGGCGUCCCGACCGACCCGGUAAAGGUGCCUACUGGACGUUGCAUCCUUCAGCCAUGAACAUGUUUGAAAAUGGGAGCUUCCUUCGACGCAGGAAAAGAUUCAAAAUAACUAAGCCUGAAAAAGACGCACUAGAAGCAGGACUGCAACAACUAAAUGGCGGGCCAAUUAAUUGCAUGGAAACUAAUCGGUGUCCUGGAGAGACGCUGUUGAGUUCACCAGUUCCUUCGACUGCCCUUCCAACUUCACAUACAAAAAUAGCUUUUAAUGUUGAGACUCUGGCUGCCUCUGAUGCCAAGAGCCCGAAACCUCGCGUAAGUCUCCCAAGCAUUUCUCCCGGACAAUUUCAAAUCGGUUUAUCGCCCAACCUAUUUUCUCCUCCGUCAUUGCAGCAUCGACCAAUAUUGUACUCACCUUCAGAAAUUUAUCCUACCCCAACGUCUGUUGGAUUCUAUUCGUCACUAUAUCCACCUCCGCCUCUUCCACCUCCUCAGUUCCAUCACGUGCAAUCUUACUUACCGAGCCCUCCUACUUCUCUUCACCACCUGUACGCAGCUGCGAUGGCUGCCACUAUGUCACCGAGCUUGGCCCCUUCAAUACCUUUACGCCCUACAGCUCUUCAUAUGCCACCGAUAACAUUGGCCUCUUUAUCGGCUUUAGGAUCGCCCUUUUCUGGCGUACCGUUCCGACCGCAAGCAAUAUUGUCGCGGCCGUGCUACCCUGGCAUGCCGCCCAACAGCGCAGCAGCGCGCUUCCUAUCGGCCAACUCGCCGCCGCACUCGCCGCCCGCUAACCUAGCAAGUCUCGCGUCUCUUAUGUCUGCUCACACACGAGCUCAAGAACUCGACGAAGAUGAGCAAAUUCUUAUUGAUGACUACGAGGAAGAAGAUGCUGGCCAAAAAAUGGUCUCCGAUAUGGUUUCUAAGUUGAGAGCAUCCAUCGAAUAUGGCGAUGAAGUCGACAAACGACGACUAAACAAGACCAUCACGCCACCUCUUUCAGACGUCGCCGACAUCACCGAGCCUGAGAGUCGACCAGCUAAAGGCGAAGUUCUCGCUUCAACAUCACCAACGGCUCGAUCAGUUUGACGCUAAACUGAAUUACGCAGCCGAGAGAAUCUUGUUUGCUCUUACAAAAGCUAUGAGGGCCAUCAUUUGUGCCAAUUUCGAGUAUCGUGAGUUGUUUAAACUGUACAUUUCGUGUAUAUUUGUUCGUAAUUUUUAAUUUUUACGAUUUUUCGGACCCCAUUAGCUUUGACGCCUUCAUUAGCUAAUAUCCCACCUCGGUUACCAAAGAACUGUACAAUUUUGGUAUUUUUUAACAAGUACUCGAGUGGAGACUGUAUUUACGUUGGAAGUAUUCCCUCAUUAAUGUAAAUGUAAAAAACAGACAUAGUGGAAUAUUAGGAGGAUGCUGAUUCAAUUUUGUGUCGUGUUUAUUACUCGUGGGUGCUGUAGUGAUUAAAUAUCAAUUGUUACAUAGCAGUAGCCCUAAAAUGUUUCACGGUAGCCAUUGCUGCUGCUCCUCUUCUGAAUCCAAGAGCAAAAACACGAAUUAACCUCUCAAAAGUAUAUGUUCGCAUGUCAAAAUGUAUAAUUUAAUUUCAUGAUUACAUUCCUUUAUUUCUUGAUUCAGCUUAGAGUUAGGCGGUCAUGAAUAUAACAGGAAUUAAUAAUAAUUAUUAUCAAAGAUUGCGCUUAUAGGGAGCCAUGAUCUGCUUCGUUUUAUGUAUUAAUGAAUAAUUAUGUAUUUUGAUUUGAAUGACCUCAGAGAUGAUUAUUGAUAUGAAUUAUUUUGAGACUGCACGAGGAAAUGUUUGAUAUUCAUGUAAAAUAUAUUCUAUAAAAUUUCAGUACAAAAAUUCAAAGAUAUUCAUGAAUUUAAAUUUUGAAUUAAAGUAUGUAUUAUUUCAAAGAAGAAAAUCUCCUGAUAUUUUCCCGAUAAUAUCCUGUGAAGAUUUUUCCUGCCCCCAUAGAUUUGUCUUGAACGUACAAAUAUAGAAAAAUAUAAAUACAAUGAAUUUAA